AUGGCACGACGUGGGUCAAUUGGGUUGGCAUCCCAAUCUGUUCUGUGUUCAUUUUGUGAUGAACAGAAAACAGCAGCCUUCAAAACCAAGCUCACUACAAAGUCUAAGUUGUAUGCCUUUCUUCAUGCAAAAGGCAAGACUAGACUGGCUUGCUGGAAUGUUCAAUCUGCGGGUCCUCUUAGUUCUCAAAGCUUCAAGCUUCGUCAAAUUGUUAGAACAAUGUUUGACAAAUGUAUUGACUUGUUGGCUCUCUCUGAGUCACGCUGGCGGGGUCAUGACACUACUUCAAUGCAGUUUUACACCAUUCUUCACUCAGGCUCUGACUCUUCACACUCUGGUGGAGUUGCCAUUGUCUUAUCUCCCCGUGCUCGAGUAGCUUGGGAAGCAGCUGGAAGUAUUUUCAAGCCCAUCAAUGGGAGAAUUAUGUAUAUCCGUUUGAAAUCACAUCUCUCCUACAUCACAGUUUUUGCUAUCUAUGCUCCGAUUAAUCCUGUCACCUCAACUACUGAAGCCAACCAACCGUCUGAGGAUUUCUACAACAAAUUGCAUUCUGCAAUGCCAACCAUUCCAGCAACAAACAUGGUCACUAUUCUAGGGGAUUUCAAUGCUCGAAUAGGAACAGACACCAACACUUGGCAUACAGUUCUUAGUCCUCAUGGGUGUGUCACCAACAAACUUCUUAUUACUAACACCUGGUUUCGGCACAAGUUACAACAUCAGUAUACUUGGCAUCGCAAUGGUGACCGUUCCAAUCCUGGUCAUGUCAUAGACUAUAUACUAGUUAGUGUCAAGCAUUGUUCUUCCGUUAUGGACACGCGUGUUUACCGGGGAGUUUAUCAUCAAUCAGACCACAAGCUUGUUGUCUCCACCUUUCAAUUCAAGAUUACAACAAAGCGUAGUCAGUAUCAUCCUCCUCCUCCUCGACAGACCAAAUUUUUACCAUCGGACAAAGUAUUAACCUUUCGUGCAUCUCUCGCAGAUGCUUAUGUCAGCCACCAUGCUAACCCUAGUCCAUGUUCACCUUGUAUUGAGGAUGAGUGGGCCUCCUUCAAGUCAGCAAUCCAGGAAGCCAGUGGCAACCUACCACAUUUGCCAAACAAGAAGGAGGCUGAUUGGAUCACAGAAGAAGUGAGAAACCUCUCCAGGAAGAAGGAAGAAGCGUGA